AUGCUUGCUGCAGAUGGCCUCGGCAGUGUAUUCCAGCGAUUAGCACAGACGCAGCCCAAAGCUCCAGCUGUGCUGGACAGAACUGGCGUCUGGAAUUACGCGCAGUUAUGGGAUUCUGCGGGGCGCAUAUCCUGCUUCUUCGCAGAGAGAGGUUUGAAAGCCUCGCCUUCGACAGAAUUCGCCCCACGACCCAUUGCGAUUUUCCUGCGGCAGGGUCGGGAGUGGUAUGCUACUUGCAUUGCAGCCUGGAUCUUGGGCAUCCCCGUCGUUGCAUUAAGCAGCGAUCUUCCAAGUGGACAGGCCGAAGCUGAGCGGGCCAAGCGGGUCGCCAGCGAGCUGAAACCGCUGGCGCUGGUCUCGGACGACUCGGCGUUUGAAGUGCCAUGCCUGCCGGAGGACUGCUUGCGCCUCUCGCUGGAAGAGGUGCGCAGCGCCAUAUCAAGCUGUAAUGGGCGGAAGCCCGCAGCGUGUGCGUCUUCGGAAUCUGUACUUUGCUACGUCUACACCGGGGGUACGACACGGCACAGCAAAUGUGUUGCGGUAACCCAUGCAAUGGCAUUAUGGGAGAUCCAGCAGUACAAGACGGCCCUGGGUGGCCUGGCGAGCGAAGGCGACAGGAUGCUGCAGUACUCGUCUGCGUACUGGGGUGCCGCCAUCUUUGGCCAAGCAGACCUGGCCCUGGCUUUCGGCGCAUGCAACGUAAUCAUCCGAGCGAGCGCCCCGGAGGAGAUUGCGGCCAUUUGUGCGGAGCAUCAAAUUUCAGUGCUGGGCAUUGUGCCAUCGCAACUGCGAGGGGCAUGGCCCGGUGGACCAAGCACGAGACCAAGAAGCUUGCGAGUGCUUAUCGCAUGGGCUGAGAAGAUUCAACCCAAGCUAGCUAAAGAAUGGCUUCAACACCUGCCUGUCAUCGAGAUACUGAUUGCCUCUGAGUACUGGCUUUGCCUCUCCUCGGUUGGAUGUCGGACGUGGAAGGAUCCGGAUGACGGCAUGGAGCGUCAUGUUCUGGACCCUCUACCCGACCUCGACAUCAAGCUGCUGAAGGAAAAUGGUUCGGAGGCAGAGGCCGGGGAGAGUGGCGAAAUGUUCUUGGCAGGCCCGACGGUAUUUGCUGGCUACGUGGGGGCAGACGGCCGCAUCAGCUGCCCAAACUUUCGGUACCUCGACGCCAAACGGUACUAUGGAACCCGCGACCGACUCAAGCGUGUUCCUGGGGGUCGUGGUCUUGUAUAUCUCGGACGAACCGACUCUUUGGCAAAGGCUGGCGGUGCAUGGCAAGAUCUUGAAGCAGUCGAGGCUGCAGCCACAGAAGUUCCAGGCGUGUCAGCGGCUGCGCUUGUUGCCUGUGAUGGCAGUACCGAUGCCUACCUGGUCCUGGAAGACAUGCGUGAUGGAGCUGGAAGAGCUCGGGAAGGUCCACCACUUACCGCUGUGCUGGACAACGUAAUGCAAAAACUGAAGCCUGCUGCCGGCAACUCGAGACCUCACAUUUGGGCACGGCUGCCCCUGCACCCAGCUACGAGCAAAGUGAAUCGGCAAGUGCUCCUUGCGCAGCGGAGUGAAGCCACUGCGCGGGAGACGAACUGGCACGAGAGGCUCCACAGCCUCCAGCGCCGAAUGCUAAGGGGCUACGCAGCAUGGCACGUUUUAUUCGGCAUCUUGAUGCUCCUCAGAGCUUCUGUGGAGACACCGGCUCCGACGCCGACUCUUUUGCUCGACAUUCUGGGCCGAGCCAUGCUGCUGCCCUACGUUUGGGGGGUGCUGCUCUAUCUCUGGCAUGGAACAAGCAAGCAGAAACGCAACUGGGUGAAUAUGACGAUGCCGCUGGGACCGCCGGAUGCGCUCGCGGCAAAGGCUGAGGGAGACAGCAAGACAGCUUUGCUGCGCAGCAAGAAGCAACUAGAUGGCUGGAAACGUUCGUUGCGCCCACGCAGUGCCGCUUACUGCAACUGCAUCUGGCAAACCGGUAGUGCUGGACCGGCUCUGCCGUGGCUGGCCUCUCGGUCGAUACAUCAGAUUCGGGGUGGCUACCGCUUCAAUGGUGAUGAUAUCCUCCUUGCACGGGAAGCCUGGCGUGCGGCGCCCGCUGCACGAAACCUGCUCGAUCUGGGCGCUGGGACCGGAUCGGUUGGCUUCUUCUGGCUCGCCCAACAGCCGGGCCAGUCGCGACUGACGGCUCUGGAGGCGCAGGAAGAGAGCUCCGAGCUUCUCAACCGGAGCGUUCGGCUUCUGGGCUUGGAGCCUCGAGUGCGCGUUAUCCACGGUGAUCUGCGGGAUGAAGGCAUAGUGCAGGGCCUCCAGGCCAAGUAUGAUUUGGUUACCGCCAACCCGCCGUACAUCCUUCCUGGUGACAGGAAGCUACCAUCCCACAGCCAGCGCCGUUACUGCUACUACGAGCUGCGGGGUGGACCGCGUGAAUUUGCCCAGACUGCAUCGAGAUCACUGUCCGAGGAGGGCAAGUUCUGCAUUGUCCACGUUGCAAGCCGCAGCGCUGACGUGGACCGCGCGCUGGCGGACGUGGGCCUGAAGACCGUCCGGCGCCUCACUGCAUCCUCCAGAGGAGAGCCGAAGUGGCAAGUGCUGGUUUGCAGCCGAUCGCCAUCGGAUCUUGCAGUUGACGAAGAGGAGCUUAUCGUCCGAGACGAGUCUGGGCGCUGGACAAAGGAGUGGGAUGCGAUUUGCCUUGAGAUGGGCGCCUUCCAGAAGCCCUUGUACGACAAAAGCGAAAAAGAGUUGUCCUGGAUUCGAGAUCGCGAUGCUGUUGCCGUCGCGACUGCUCUGGUCCUGUCUGUGGGCAUGUUUCGCAUCGAUCUUCUCAUCCUUGGGAUGGUAGGCCUGUAUCUGCAGAGGCCCAGCAGGAUAUGCUUUCUGCUCAGCUUGCCGUCUGCUUAUGUCCUGUCCUUCCCCAAGUGGUGCAGAGAUGAGUUCAUCUACAGAUCCAUGUGGCGGAGCUCCUACUUGCGUCGCUUCAUUCUCCGUUGGGUGCCCAUUCUCCAGAAGCCGGAAUUCGACGGGAGUAUCUCCUUCCAGCCCAAGUCGGUUGCAUACGACUGGGGCUCUGACGAGAGGUGGGUGAACGUUUAUCUGGAGCGAACCCAGAAAGACGACAAGUCCACCGUUGGUUUCUGGGAGCCGGUACGUCCAGCUGUCCUCCCACGGUUGGAACCAGAGGCGGACGCCCAUGUCAGCAACGGCGUAGCAGCCAGUUCAGGGCGCUCCUCCUCGCCCGGAGUGGCUUCGGCUUCGAGGGCCGAGUCGUCGAGUCUCGAAGCAACCUUGGCGAUCCUCGUGGGGCGCGUUGGCGGACGGCCACCAAGCCUGGCCUCCUUAGACUCCCUGCAGAGCAUCCGCUUAGUGGAGCUGGUGCGACGGGAAUUGGGUUUCGUCGCCACCUCCGCCAUGGUACUGCGCUCCGCAGACGUCCACGCUUUGGCCGAAGCCAUCCAGCGCGAGGGUUCGCAGGCCCACCAAUGCUCCCGCCAGGAGGAGGGCACCCAGCCGGACGAAGAGGGCGCCUAUAGAUUGUACAUCAUGGAGUUUGGGAAGUCUCCCGUGGAUUGGUGCGUCCGCUACGGGGGCCCAGGUCACCUGGACGUGGACGCCUUGCAGAGAGCGUCGGAUCGUGCCUGUGCCCGCCACUCCGCGCUGCGCACCAUGGAGCUUAGAGAUGAGGGCAUGCGAGAGGCCAUGGACCGUGCAGCGGCCAUGUGGCAGCUCGUCUGCUCGGCCCACGGCACCACGAGCUGGAGGUGGUCGGCAGCUCGCAGGGCGAUGCGCGCACUGCUCUUCGCGGCCUGGCCGCGGACAUUCCUGAAGUCGGCGCACGACGCUCGGGUCCAGGUGCGGCUUCCAGAUCGAGAGCUUGUUGUCCGAGAUCCGGCUUUUGCCGAACUCAGCGAUGCAGACUACAUGUUCUGGAUCGUGACGCCACUUCGCAAUGAUCACUACUGGCCCUAUCAGAUCUGCGCCAUCCCAGUCGUCCGGAAAGGCACGCUGCCUCCAGGUGUGCCUCUAGUACAGGCUGUCCGCACCUUGCCGCCGGAAGAUGUCACCUGGUACAUCUAUGCUGGAAUCACCCAUGCGUACUCAGAUGGGGCCUCAGGCAACGCGCUUCUGACGGACCUCUUGCGCAUCUACGCCGAGGAGGCGAAUCUCGACCUUUCGCCAAGCACGGAGGUGCACUCUCCGCCUGAGCAUCUAGCCCUGCUCCAACACCGUUUGCGGAGAUCCUUGUUUGGGAGACUGCGAGGAGAGGACAAUGCCAAUGACGAUGUGUAUCACGAGAUCGUUUGCGAAGACUGGGGCCGACGGUUUGGUUUCUCCAAGAGAAUAAAGCUGGAGCCCAUUGUCGUGAACACUUUGCACCUGGCGGCCUCCAAUGUCAUUGGCUGCAGCAUUGAUGUUGCGUGGCUGACAGCCGUGGUUGGCAGUCUUCUGCGGCUUUUCCCGGACCAGCAUCGUUUCCAGUUGAUUCUCAAGUGUGCAUGUCGGGAUGGGCCAGGACAGAAUGAGAUGGUAGGCUUUCUGUCAGAGCAGCGGGUCUUUCCGAUUGAUGUUGGCGACUCCCGUCAUGCGACAUUGAUGGACGUGUACUGCGCCAUCGAGAGUGUGCGGCGUUCUCGGACCUGGCGAGCUCCGGUCCCUUUCGAGGCUGGGAUUUGUGUCUACGUCAACAUCGUGGGAUCCAUGACGGAGGGGCUACCGCUGCAGUGCUCUCAGGUGGCCUACCCUGCGGCGGGGUCGUCUAGUCAAGUCCAAGCAUAUGCCCAUCUGAAUCUUCGGAUUGACCAGAUCUCCCAACAACAGUGGGACUUCCGGAUCUUCCACUGGGACAAAGCCUGGGGUUGGGGCUGGGGCUCGGAGUUUGCCCCGGUGCUGGGAGCCGUGAUCGCAGACAUGGCAGAGUGCCCACUGGAAGCAUUGGUGCCUGCGCCGGUACUGCCCUGGCGGAGGCUGCAGAUGCAGCCGGACCCUGCGUCCUCGAAGCGCAAGGAUCCACCCAGUCCUCCGGAACUGUCGGCGACUGCAGAGCCUACGCCUGACAUUGAGCAGCUUGCGCGCAGUCCAUCGACGCCCCCACCCAAGGUGAUGCGUGUAGAAGACGGCUGA